CUCCUCCCCUUAUCCUAAUCCCAAUCAUCUUCUCCAAAACCUCUCACUUCUCUCUCUAAAACUUUCUCUCUCUAAACCCCCCACCACAACAAUGGCAGCUACUUCAUCCCUAACCAAAACCCUAACUAUCUCCUCAUCCCCAUCAUUAUACCCUGCAUCCUCCCACACCAAGCACUUCUCCCUCCAAUUCCCCCUCCGCUCCACCACCUUCAGCCCCCGCACCACUCUCACCCACCUCCGCCCCAUCGCCGCCGUAGAAGCGCCGGAGAAAAUCCAGAAUCUCGGCUCUGAAAUCUCCUCCUUGACUCUGGAGGAAGCCCGCACUCUGGUCGACUAUCUCCAGGAGAAGCUGGGAGUGUCGGCCGCUGCUUUUGCUCCGGCGGCGGUGGUGGCUGCUCCCGGAGCGGGGGACGCGGGGGCGGCGGUGGCGGAAGAGCAGACGGAGUUCGACGUGGUGAUAGAGGAGGUGCCGGCGAAUGUGAGAAUUGCGGUGAUUAAAGCGGUGAGGGGAAUGACGAGCUUGGCGUUGAAGGAGGCGAAGGAGCUGAUUGAAGGAUUGCCGAAGAAGUUUAAGGAAGGAGUUUCUAAGGAAGAAGCUGAUGAAGCUAAGAAACAGCUUGAAGAAGCGGGUGCUAAGAUUAAAAUUGCUUAGGGGUGUUUUUGUAAUUUGGUAAUUAUAAUUUUGGAUUUUUACUUGUUUGUUUUUUAAUUGAAUUAAUGUUGUUAAUUUAGAUGCUUUAAAGUGAA